AUGGAGACAGCGAAAAUGUCAGGAAGGGUUGCUAAUGAGAACGCUGGCGACAAGCAGGAAGCCGUCGACCAGCCGGGUACAUACCUCGAACCCGAAGCCUACUCGCAGUUUACCGUGGGCCAGAAACGAGGCAUUGUGGCUAUGGGCUCUUUGGCUAGCUUUUUCUCGCCUUUGUCGUCGAGUAUCUACCUGCCCGCACUGACCACUAUCGCGCAUGCCUUGCACAUCUCGACAUCUCAAAUUAACUUGACUGUUACUACAUACCUGAUUAUGCAGGGUGUGGCCCCCAUGCUUAUCGCUGCUUUCUCAGAUACAGCUGGCCGUCGUCCUGCGUACAUCAUCUGCUUUACUGUAUAUCUCGCCGCCAACCUCGGUCUAGCUCUCCAGAAUAGCUAUGCUGUGCUUCUUAUUCUUCGAUGUUUGCAGAGUGCUGGCAGCAGUGGUACUGUGGCAAUGGCAAAUGGUUUGGUUGGAGACAUGAUCACAUCCUCGGAGCGUGGCUCAUACAUCGCCUUUGCUUCAAUCGGAAGUAUGCUGGGUCCAUCCCUAUCACCUAUCGUCGGAGGUCUUUUCAGUCAGUACACAAAUUGGCAUUGGAUUUUCUGGUUCCUUCUCAUCCUCGGAGGGGUCUUCUUUCUUUUACUCGUGCUGUUUUUACCUGAGACAUGUAGGAAGGUCGUUGGAGAUGGCUCCAUCCCACCGCCUCCGUUGAACAAUUCACUUUCAGAUACGAUUCGGUAUAGAAAGCGCAAGCGGAAUGGUCUCUUGCCGGACCCAGAGAAGGAAGCCGAGCUGCGGAGGAAUUACUCUCUUCGAUUCCCAUCUCCCCUUCCGACUAUGAAGGUCGUCCUGGAUAUUGAAACUUCGGUAAUAUUGCUUACAACAGGACUACUUUUCGCCGGAUUUUACGCCGUCAUCACCGGAGCUUCAACCUCCUUCCACGCCCUGUAUCACUUCAGCGACAUCAAAGCUUCCCUGAUGUAUCUUCCCAUUGGGGGAGGCGGCAUCGUCUCGGCAUUUACGACUGGGAAAAUAGUUGACUGGAACUAUCGACGACACGCAAAGAAAGCAGGUCUCUCUGUUAUGAAGAACGUACGUGCAGACAUCAGCAACUUCAACAUCGAAAGGGCAAGACUGGAAGUCGCGCUGCCACUUUACUACAUCAGCAAUCUAGGAAUCCUCGCAUACGGUUGGAUGCUGGGCCACAAAGUCAACUUGGCAGGCCCUGUCAUCCUCCUUUUCAUCAUAGGAUGGGCAAUCAUUGGCACAAAUCAAGUGCUGAAUGCACUGAUGGUUGAUCUGUGGCCUGGCAAAUCUGCCACUGCCACUGCGGCUAACAAUCUUUUCCGUUGUGAGCUCGGCGCAGCGGCUUCGGCUGCAAUUAGCCCUAUGGUUUCUGCAAUGGGGAAUGGUUGGGCUUAUACCACUCUGGCGCUAAUUUCAAUUGCUUUUUCGCCUUGCUUGUGGCUUACUGCACAUCAUGGGAUAAAAUGGCGGCAGAAAAGAAUGAAGAAGGAGGAAGAGAAACUGUCUCGUGACCAGGGCUAG